CUCCAAAGACCAUAUAUGAACACAUAGGUACUAUUUCGUCGGUCCAAGUAACACGUCACCUUUCCGAGAGAUAUCAUCGAACGUAGCAGAUCGAAUGCCGCCUCAGAUUCCCCUUACUGCCCUCCAGACUGGCAAUGACUUUUCCCGAGAGAGCUGGGACUGGGACAAUGGCUUGGCCCAGCGACAGUAUGAUGGGUCAGGGUCCCACCGCGAAGGAGAACUCGCAUCAACAGAAACUCCCGCUCAACUGCACGACGACAACGUCCGUCUUCUGCCGCCGACCAAUCCGGGACCUCAACAAGGAGAGACACAAAGCGAUGGCAAGAUGCCACGUAUACGUAAGCCGAGUAGAUUCGGAGAGCUCCUCCAGUGGAGUUCCGAUAAUUGGGUAUUCGAGAUUUCGGCUUUAAUCACCAGCGCAGUGUGCCUCACGGGCAUCGUCACCACGCUUCUGCUACACGGUGAUCGCCCUCUCCCGGAAUGGCCCUUUGGAAUCAAAUCAACGCCCUGAUAUCGACGCUAUCUACCAUCUCGAGGUCGGCUCUGGCGGUAGGCGUUAGCGCUGCAGUCAGUCAACGUCAGUGGAUUAGAUUGAAUCGAGGUGUUCAUCCACUAGCCGACCUGGAGAUGCAUGAUAGUGCGAGUCAAGGCCCUUGGGGGUCUAUGUCUCUUCUUAUCUCGUUGGGCUGGAGCGAUAUUGUGUCUCUCGGGGCCAUGGUCACCAUUCUAAGUCUCGCAAUGGAUCCCUUUGUCCAGCAGAUUGCCACUUUCGAAUCUGCUCCUGCGCCAUUUGGCAAUUCUAGCAUCGUAUCGCGAGUCAUUUUUGAAGCGGGCAUGAACAGCACAGACAACAGCGUGUUCUACCAAGGCUUCGUUCAGGCUCCGCAGAGCUUCAGCCCUCAUAUCUACCAGGGGCUCUACUUUGAUGGCGACCUCAACGACAAUUUCUUACGCAAUUCUCUGCAGCUACAUCCACGCUCCUCUGGGGGCAACGUCUCAUACGGUGUCAGCGAGUCGCUCGCGGUCUGUUCCGCAUGCGCUAACCUCACGGACAAGUUACGCGCCCCGGAGAGGUCAGCAAAGGACCCGGACCAGUGUUCAACAGACGAGGGUUGUUGUAAAUGGGACCUCCCUAAUGGCGCGAGCAGCGGAUGGACCAGGUUUGGGGACCGGAGCACCAAUGUCAUGGGCCUUAAUGCUACGACGAAUCCCGUGGUCUUGAAUACCACCGGUCAAUUGAGGAUUCUCUACGUGAAUGCUAUACUGCCCGGGUGGGAGAUAACAUCCCGCGACGAUGAUGAUCAACCUAUCGACGGAGUUGGCGUUGAGGGCUUGGCGCAAGAGUGUGCACUCUACUGGUGUGUGAACAAAUACGAAAGCAGUUUGAGCGCCGGCAUUUUCAACGAGACGAUCAUAUUUUCCUUCUCAGCUGGCGAUUUUGAGCCAGAGCCCUUCCAUCGAGUCUUCGCUAUCAGACCGCCGGGAUCCAACUCUUCUUUCCAUCGAGGAAACAGUCAUGAUUAUGGUAACUAUUCGACAGGCUGGAUCAACGGCACGUUCCUGGUGAAUGUUGACGCUAGCGGGCUCAUCCGGAGACCUUUGGAAGAGCUCUUCUCUGGCUACGCCACCACGCUGAAUUCUUACCAGGAAUGGGCUCCCAUAUCGAGCAAUCCGACGGUAUUGCGUCUGUAUAUGACGGCGCGAAAACACGAUCCGUCCCAGGUGCCGCGAUUCGACAUGAGUAACAUCAUGGAGGCCGUCGCGUUGGGCAUGUCAACGGUUUUGCGUACGACGGAUCCCACUCACGAAGGGAAUGAUGCACUCAAGAGCGUUGUGGGUACAGAAACGGCUAUGCAGAUUAUUGUAAGGGUCCGCUGGGCUUGGAUUGUGUUGCCCGUUAUCCUUCAGCUGGCUGCGCAUCUGUUUUUCUGGCAGACUAUGAUCACGUCUCGGAGCAGAAGAUUGCAUAGCUGGAAGUCUUCGGCGCUUGCUGUGUUCUUCUUCGGAGCUAGAAAGGAGAGAGAGGUCGCGCACUCUGAGGUGGAGAGGCUGAUUGACAUGGAAGCCAUUGCGAAGGAGACAGUAAUUGUGGUUGAAGGAAGGAAAUCCAAGGGCAUUUAAAGACACACAGUCCAUUUUCACAGCCUCAAUUCUAAAGUGGAGGUCACUUCAUCG